AUGAAUAGUCAAACAUUACAAACGCGAAAAUUAUACAGCAGUAUUCGGUUCUAUAACCUGGGUCUAUGAUAAGAAUUGGUAGGCAGGCCUAGUCCAAAAAAUGCCCGAAAUUAAAGCCUAGGGAUACUAUGUGUGUUUAUUGAUUAAAGUAUAUUUUUCAGAUAUUGAACGUUUACUAGGAAGAUGAAUAUAUCAGCCGGUAGAGACCAACAAGUAAGCCUCGCUUCACACACAUUAAUGGUAGAAGAAUACAUAGCUGAAAUAUCAGCAAAGCAAGGAAAAACAGUCAAUCUCAGUCAUCGAAAUCUUAAAAUCCUACCCCCAGUUAUCCAACGACUUACACACUGCAGACGACUGCUUCUAAAUAACAAUGAUUUAAUAAUGCCACCUUCUGAACUGAUAUCGUUAGUAAAUCUUCAGGAACUAUCAUUGGACCAUAAUAGCCUUACAAUGCUUCCAUCGGGAAUCGGACAAUUGACUAAUUUGAGGUACUUUAGCGUAAGCCAUAAUCAAUUGGGAUUUCUUCCGCCAGAAAUUGGGGACCUGAAAAGUUUAGAACAGCUAUGGAUUGUUAAUGCUCAGCUUACAGCAUUGCCGCCUGAGCUAGGCUUGCUGCAUAGAUUACAGAAACUUGGAGCUAGGGGAAAUCAUAUCAGAGACUUGCCUUCAGAACUCUCCCAGCUCCAGCAUCUACAGUGGUUGAGUUUGGCAUCAAACAAACUCACGCACAUUCCGGACUGUUACUCUAAACUUCAUAAUCUAUCUUAUCUUGAUGUAAGUGACAAUGAUUUGGAAAUGAUGCCACUAUGUUGUCUAAAGCAAUCCCGGUUGAAUACAUUAUUGGUAUCUAAGAAUAAAGUGACUUCUGUACCUGAUGACCAACUUGUUGGACUUGCAAAACUGACUAAGGUGGAUUUACGGGAUAAUCCAUUCAAAGACAGACCAAACCAUUGGAAGGGAUUGGGUUUUAUCUUACUAGGAUCAUCUACUGAUAACCAAGAUGAAUUACAGGAGUCUCUACCUGACUAAAUGUUGGCAGUAACAGUAUCAACAUCUUCACAUUUUCCUCCUUGAUGGAUAUUGAGGGAUUUGGCAGUGUCGGCCGGUUCCAAAUGAGGUUCAGUGAUAAUAUGAAUGUGAAUAUGUCCAUCAUCAAAUUGGUUAAUGAGUGCAGGAGUAGGUUGAUUAUGGGUGCUUGUUUUCAAUGCCCACUGCCCUGGAUAUACUGUUCCUUUGGAUAUACAGUAUUGCUUAUAUUCUGGUUUAUAUAUUCCCAUAAAAAAAUUAUAUUCAUAAAAUAACUUGUUUACAGCAAGAAAUCUGAAUUGAGAGCAAAGUUAGAAUAUAUUGACUUAAAAUAUUUACGCAUUACUAAAUGAAAAGGCUUUAACAAUAUUGCUUCUCUGGAUAUACCACUGCCCUGGAUACAUUGCUUCCCUGGAUACAAUAACUGCUCUGAAUGAUAUGCUCCAAUGUAUAAGUUGGCCUCAAGUUUUAUAUUUAAGUCUGAUUUUAUUACUACUUCACUGUACAUAAAAAAACAUGUUUUUAUUUCAUAAGGAAAUAAUUUAACGAAACUUGUUCCAUAUUUUAUACUACAGUAUUUGUUAGUAUAGUCAGCGUUCUAAAUUUUGGAAUAAAUUGUUUGGAAUGAAA